AUGAGUUUAAGGUGCCAGGUGUUGAAACAACGGAUCCAAUGUAUCUUCUUCGGGACUCUGAUAGCUCUAUUGCCAGGGCCGUCGGCAUCAAUAGAAGAGCCCUCAGCAUCUACAAAAGAGGCGGGGCAGCAAUAUUACGUGUACAAUGCGAAAUGUCAAAUACCAUUUGUUAAUCCCUUUACACUCGAUGUUAUGAAAAAUAUGAAAGAACAUGUCUUUGAGGAGUGCUCUGAGGAGCGAGAUUUGAUAGAAAGCAAAUUUGAUUUCGAUCUCAGGCAGUAUCGGGUCAGUAUACCCGCGAAUUUGAGCGAGGCCUACCUAAACAGCACCGGACAUCAGACAAUAACUUGCAGCUAUCAGGAAAUCAAACGGGAUAUGGAAGCUGAGGUGCCCGAUAAUGCCUAUGCGGAAUCCAAAGCAUAUUACUUGCCGCAUCGCAUGAUUGUGCCAAUCGAUACGGACUUCAUGAUCACCAAGUGCUAUAUGCGGAAUGCGACCACUGUGCUGAAUGAAGUGCAAGAGGAUGCCUUCAGCUUUGUGCAGGACAAGCUGCCGCCCCAGAAGAUAGAGCAUUACAUGCUGGAGAGGGAACAGAAGCCGAGCGUCCUCAUAAUGGGCCUGGACUCGGUUUCUCGCAUCAAUUUUCGACGCACAAUGCCCAAAAUGUUUGAGUUCGUCAACGAGGAGGGCUGGUACGAGAUGCAGGGCUACAACAAAGUGGGGGACAAUACUUUUCCCAACAUCUUGGCCGCACUCACGGGCCAUUCAGAAGCAGGCUCCCGGGCCAUUUGUAAUGUGUCUGAGGUGAAUUGUCUGGAUCGCUUGCCCUUCAUUUGGAGGAACUACAAGCAGGCAAAUUAUUUGACGGCUUAUGGCGAGGACUGCGUGGAACUCAAUGCCUUGCAAUACCUGAAGCCGGGCUUUCUGAAACAGCCCACGGACUAUUAUUUGCGGCACUUUAUUGUGGCGCUGGAGGACAAAUUCAAGCUGCGUCAUCGCUUCGGUAAUGUCUAUUGUGUGGGUCGCCAUCUGAGCUUCAACUAUGUCUUUGACUUCGGGCUGCAGUUUGUGGAGCGAUUUGUCAACGAGACGCCCAUUUUUGGACUGCUCUGGAGCAAUAGUUUCACGCACGACGACUUUGCAGCACCGGCCGCCUUGGAUGAACACUUUCUGGACUAUAUGGAAAGAUUUGAGGCGGCCGGACUGUUCGAGAACUCCAUUGUUGUUCUCAUGAGCGAUCAUGGACAUCGUUAUGACGAAAUAGUGCGACAUGGGCCGAAUGGCUUUCUGGAGGAACGUUUGCCCAUGAUGUUUAUUUAUGUUCCGCCCUGGUUUCGCCAAAAAUAUCCCCAUUUAGUGAAGAAUCUAGGCAAGAAUCGUGAUCGCUUAUCCUCCAAUUUUGAUCUCUACAUGACCUUGCGGCACUUGCUUCAACUCGAUAGCCAGUCCAUGGCGGACAUUGAACCCAAGGCGCCACAAUGUGCCAGCUGCCAGUCGCUGCUGUUCGAGCUGCCCUUCAAUCGCAGCUGCCAGGAGGCGGGCAUUGACGAGCACUGGUGCAGUUGCCAUCCCACACAGGACGCAACCAACGAGUCCUUUGCCCGACCCAUUGCCCUGGCCGUGGUCCAGUACAUGAACGAUCAUCUGCGGAAGCAGCAUUUGACAGACCUGUGCCACGACUACACCCUCAAGCACUUGGAUAGCUUGCAGCUGAAGAUGCCUGUCGACGCAAAUGAUGAGCCGCGCAAUGCCAACGAAAGCUACUUUGUGGUCAACUUCAAGACAAACCCGAACUCGGCUCAUUUCGAGACCACAGUGCUCUAUAAAAGCAUUACUGGAGGCGUCGAAAUGAACAUGGAUUUCAUAAGUCGCCUGAACUCGCAUGCAAAGGACUCUGGUUGCGUGGCUCUGGAAAUACCCAGAAAGUAUUGCAUUUGCAAGAACAGUGUCAGGAUGGAGGAUCAGCUACAUGCUUAGAUUAUGACUAUAACUUCCAUUGAAAAGACCGGAAAUACUACUUCUGCGAAAUGGGGUUGGUACCUUAAUUAAAACUUGAUUUAUAUCGAAUAGCUCAGGAUUUGCCAUUCACCCUUUUCUAAGCCUUUUUAGAAUUAAAAUGCAGUUUCUGUAAAGGAAUAAUUUUCAUUUCCAAUAUGAGAUACAAAUCUUAAACUUUCUUCUUUUGUUGUAUUUCACUCUCAUUUGUUGGAACUUUCUACAAUCCACAUUAUUAUUGUUAUACGAUUUGAUUGAUUGAUUGAAUAUUGGCAAAAUAGCUGGCUUUAUUAGCAAGGGAGUCGGCCCCUUAAAUCUUUAGAAAAUAUUAUUAUAGCGCACUAUUUCGCCCCAAAAUAUAACUAAGUUGGAUUUUUUGAAGUUUUUCUGCUGAUAUAAUAAAUAAAUUAUAAUUUUAACGAACCGUACUUUAUUUAAUCAACAUUUUAAUACAUCAUGAGUGACUGUCAAGGUAUUUAACCUAACUGUUGGCUCUACGGCUGGGCAUGCUAGUUAAUAUAAUUAAUUAUUUGCAAAGCGCCAUUUUAUAAAGUAUUUGAAUGAAAUCGUUGUUGAAAUAGAAAAUCUGAUCAUAGAAGGCAAUGCCUAUAGGAAAUCAAACAUAAUAUCAAAUUAUUAAGGCAGAAAUAAUAUCAAAUUUUUAGGGAUUCUUGAAGCUGUUGUAAAUAUAAUGGAAACGAAAAGUAAUAGUAUUUUCAUAUGCGCCGAACAUGUAUUGGAAUCUUUAAAAGGCCACAGAUAUAGUUUUUAAUAAUAUUUAAAAAAAAAAAAUGCAAAAAAGUGCAAAAAGAAAUAAACAAACUUCAGCAAAUCCAACUAUUUAAAAGAGCUUUUCUGUAUUACCAUGGAACCGUAAAUUAAUUAUAUUUUCCAACAAGAGCGUUAUUUAAACUGUUAAAUUAAAGCUUUUUCUUAUUAUUAGACGAACUAUAUUAACUUCAUCAUU